AUGGCGCGAAGCUCGCGGAGCGCCAGCAAGCGGUCGACAUGGUCGAUUGCUUUCUACCUUCUCCUCGUCCUGGUCGGCGGCUUGAUGCUGGCAAAGACAGCACACGCCGCCGACGACUCGGCCAAGGAGGACAGCAAUGCUGUCUCUGGCCCUGUCAUCGGUAUUGAUUUGGGAACGACCUACUCUUGUGUCGGUAUCAUGAAGAACGGCAAGGUGGAAAUCAUCACAAAUGACCAGGGUAAUCGUAUCACACCUUCAUGGGUAGCCUUCACCGACGAUGAACGUCUUGUUGGAGAUGCCGCAAAGAACCAGUUCGCCAGCAACCCCCACCGCACCAUCUUCGAUAUUAAACGUCUCAUCGGACAGAAGUUCAAGGACAAGUCCGUUCAGUCUGAUAUCAAGCACUUCCCCUUCAAGGUCAUCAACAAGAACGGCCAGCCCCAUGUCAGCGUCGAAGUUCACGGCAAGGAGACCACAUUCACACCCGAGGAGAUCUCGGCCAUGGUUCUUGGCAAGAUGAAGGAGGUCGCCGAAAGCUACCUUGGAGAGCCUGUCAAGAACGCCGUCGUCACGGUUCCCGCUUACUUCAACGACGCUCAGCGCGCUGCCACCAAGGAUGCCGGUACUAUUGCCGGUCUCAACGUCCUCCGUGUCGUCAACGAGCCCACCGCUGCCGCUCUCGCCUAUGGUCUUGACAAGACCGACGAGAAGGAACGCCAGGUUCUCGUCUACGAUCUCGGUGGUGGUACUUUUGAUGUCUCCAUCCUCGCAAUCGAAGAGGGUGUCUUUGAGGUCCAAUCUACUGCCGGUGACACCCAUCUCGGUGGCGAAGAUUUCGACAAUCGUGUGAUCAACCACUUUGUCAAGAAGUUCAACAAGGAGAACGACGUGGACAUCACCAAGGACGCCAAGACGAUGGGUAAGCUCAAGCGCGAAGUUGAAAAGGCCAAGCGUACGCUCUCUUCGCAGAAGACGACCAAGAUUGAAAUCGAGUCUUUCUACAAGGGCAAGGACUUCUCCGAGACCCUGACCCGGGCCAAGUUUGAGGAGCUGAACAACGACCUCUUCAAGAAGACGCUCAAGCCUGUUGAGCAGGUUCUCAAGGAUGCCAAGCUCAAGAAGAGCGACAUUGAUGACAUUGUUCUCGUCGGUGGCUCCACCCGUAUUCCCAAGGUUCAGGCCAUGCUCGAGGAGUUCUUCGGAAAGAAGGCUCGCAAGGACGUCAACCCCGAUGAGGCUGUCGCUUACGGCGCCGCUGUACAGGGUGGUGUUCUCGCUGGUGAUGAGGCUACCAACAAGAUUAUUCUCAUGGACGUCAACCCGCUCACUCUUGGUAUCGAAACUACUGGUGGUGUCAUGACCCACCUCAUCAAGCGUGGAACCACCAUUCCCACCAAGAAGUCCCAGAUCUUCUCUACCGCCGCCGAUAACCAGCCCGUAGUCCUGAUUCAGGUAUACGAAGGUGAACGAGCGCUUACAAAGGACAACAACAAUCUUGGAAAGUUUGAGCUGACCAACAUUCCCCCUGCACCUCGUGGUGUUCCUCAAAUCGAGGUUACUUUUGAGCUCGAUGCCAACGGUAUUCUCAAGGUUUCCGCCGUCGACAAGGGUACUGGCAAGGGUGAGAGCAUUACCAUCACCAACGACAAGGGCCGCCUCAGCACCGAAGACAUUGAGCGCAUGGUUGAAGAGGCCGAGAAGUACGCCGAGGAGGACAAGGCCAACCGUGAGCGCAUUGAGUCGCGCAACAAGCUCGAGAACUACGCCUACAGUCUUAAGAACCAGCUCAACGACGACGAUGGUCUCGGUGGCAAGAUCGAAGAAGACGACAAGGAGUCUCUUCUCGAGGCUGUCAAGGAGACCCAGGACUGGCUCGAGGCCAACGCUGCCGAGGCUGCCGCCGAGGACUUUGACGAGCAGUUCCAGAAGCUGUCUGAUGUCGCUUACCCCAUUACCUCGAAGCUCUACGGCUCUGCCGGUGGUGCUGGAGAGGAUGAUGCUGAGCCAGACCACGACGAGUUGUAA